GUCAAAGUGAUUUACGGCAACCAAUCAGAGCGUAGUAUGUUGACGGGGCGCGCGCGCGCGCGCUACGCUUCUGUUUGUGGGCGUGAGCUCGCGGUGCCAGCGUCACAGAUUAACGGUCGAGUCCCAAAAAACUCGCCGUUGGAUAGAAUCUUCACUACGUAGGACGCAGAGGUUUAGUGUUUCACCCUUUAGGAAGUGUGCGUAUAUAGGGGCAAGGGAGCUUUUUGAUGAUCUGUCUGAAGGACUAGGGGUUUUGCCUUGUAGAGAGAGCAGUGUGUCGGUCGACCGCCUGUUUUUCCUCUCCGCUUCACUGAAAGCGGAUAUUGUAAAGUGCAAGACAGAGAGAAGCCAUCAGACGGAGUUGUCGUGCCAAUCUGGGCGAACGGAUCUCCCUUCCCGGCCUGGCCAUGGACGAACAGGCGGGCCCCGGUGUGUUUUUUAAUAAUAACAAUAACUCCGGUUUGGCCGUCGGAGCAAAAGCGGUCCAGCAAACGGGCGACGGAGGCGGAGAAGCGGUGAGGGCGCAGUAUAACAUCCCGGGGAUCCUGCACUUUCUGCAGCACGAAUGGGCCCGUUUCGAGGUAGAGCGAGCUCAGUGGGACGUGGAGCGUGCUGAAUUACAGGCUCAGAUUGCCUUUCUGCAGGGUGAGCGGAAAGGUCAGGAAAACCUGAAGAAGGAUUUGGUGAGGAGGAUCAAGAUGCUGGAGUAUGCUCUGAAGCAGGAAAGGGCAAAAUACCACAAGCUGAAGUAUGGGACUGAACUCCUGCAGGGAGACAUGAAAGCACCGAGCUAUGAUUCAGAUGAUGGCAAUGAGAAUGAGGCUCUUCCAGAACCACCUAACAGCCAGCUAAGCUGGAAACAAGGAAGACAGCUUCUGAGGCAGUACCUCCAGGAAGUGGGCUACACGGACACUAUCCUGGAUGUGAAAUCUCAGAGGGUGAAGGCGUUACUGGGGCUAACUGGAGACGCAGUGGAGCGAGCUGAAGAACGCAGGACAGAGCUCAUGGUGAACGGCACGGAACCUUCAUCUCUGAAGGAAAGCACCACCAACAUGAUGGGGAAACCAGAGAUGUCUGACUCAGCGACAGUACUGGAGGCCUUCAAGUUCAUUGAAAGUGCAGCUGCAGAGUUCAGUGACGAGGAUGAGGAUGAAGACAGUGACGGAAGGGAAAAGACUAUCAUUGAUUUGGCAACAAUGAUGAGGAAGAAGGCUUCCCCAUCGCCUUCCUCUUCCUCAGCUGAUCUGAGUGAUGACCCGGACACUGAGGAGGCACUGAAGGGGUUUGACUUCUUGGCCAGCAGUGAGGACAUGGAGGGUUCACCAGAAUCUCCUGCCACCGGAGACAUGGCUGAUUGGGAGAAGGAGCCGAACGCCAUGACCGAGGCCUGGGAAGUGGACCAGAGCCUGAUCUCCAAACUCAAGGAGCAGUACAGGAAGGAGCGCAAGGGCAAAAAGGGGGUGAAGAGGCCGAACAGGUCUAAGCUACAGGACAUGUUGGCUAAUCUGAGAGAUGCAGAGGAUCUUCCAUCCAUGCAGCCCCCUGUGGCUCCCCCUGCCAGACCCAGCAUACCACGACUCAACGAGCAUGAUCUUGGCCGUGCUGAUGAAGUGGAAGCACUUACGUUCCCUCCAUCCACUGGUAAAUCUUUUAUAAUGGGAGCGGAUGAGGCUCUGGAGAAUGAGCUGGGACUGGGAGAGUUGGCUGGACUCACUGUUGCAAACGAAGCUGAGAGUCUGGCCUACGAUAUCACCAACAACAAAGAUGCUCUGAGGAAGACCUGGAACCCUAAGUUCACCCUGAGGAGCCAUUUCGACUCCAUCCGCAGUCUGGCGUUCCACCCUCAAGAGCCGGUGUUGGUUACAGCUUCUGAGGAUCAUACACUAAAGAUGUGGAACCUGCAGAAAACAGCUCCUGCUAAAAAGUGUGCAGCCCUUGAUGUAGAGCCCAUUUACACAUUCCGAGCUCACCGGGGUGCAGUAUUGUGUGUGGUCAUGAGCAGUAACGGAGAGCAGUGCUUCAGCGGAGGAGUGGACGGAACCAUUCAGAGCUGGAACACUCCGAAUCCCAAUAUUGACCCCUAUGACUCAUAUGAGCCGUCUGUGAUGAGGGGGGUGCUGAGUGAUCACACUGAUGCAGUGUGGGGUUUAGUCUACAGCUCAGCCCACCAGCGGCUUCUAUCCUGUUCUGCAGAUGGGACAGUGCGACUUUGGGAUGCUGCAGACAGCUCACCCGCCCUUGCCGUCUUUAACGAGGACAUGGAGUUGGGCAUUCCUUCUUCUGUGGAUCUGGUGUGCAGUGAGCCAGCUCACAUGGUGACAGCCUUUAGCAACGGCAGAACAGGCAUCUUCAACAUGGAGACACGGCAGCUGGUGCUGGAGCUGGAGUCUCAGAAUGCAGGAGAGCCUGACGCCCCACGUCAGAUCAACAAAGUGCUGAGCCACCCGACGCUGCCCAUCACCAUCACGGCACAGGAGGACCGUCACAUCCGUUUCUUUGACAACAACACAGGAAAACUUAUUCACUCCAUGGUGGCUCAUCUGGAUGCUGUGACCAGCUUAGCAGUGGAUCCCAAUGGCCUCUAUUUGAUGUCUGGCAGUCACGACUGCUCCAUUCGCCUGUGGAACAUGGAGAGCAAGACCUGCAUUCAGGAGUUCACGGCUCACAGGAAGAAGUUUGACGAGUCGAUCAACGAUGUGGCAUUCCAUCCCACCAAGUGCUACAUCGGCAGUGCUGGAGCGGACGCCCUCGCCAAAGUCUUCGUAUGACCCCUGACCUCUGUGGCCUUGAAGAACGGAAAUGGACCAUAAAGGCAAUGAGAGUUAUCUUUUAAACAGAGGCUUUCCCUUUGUGCUUUGGGAUUCCUGAUGAUGAAUAAAGAGAAGGGAUGUCAGGUGAACAUCUCUCCAGCCCUCUUUCCCUACAAACCCCCGUCUGAAAAACAUACGCCCUCCUCCAGGCAGGCCUGGGUGGGGGAUUAGGAUGAAUCCACAACACUGCAGCUCAGUAUAAACACUCUCUUUGGGAUGUCUAGACACCAACCCUGCUGGAGAGAACCUCUUCAUAGAAAUGUGUGUGUCUGGGUGUGUAUGUGUGUGCACGUGUUCUCUACUCUCCAACGUAACAGGGUUGCCCUCAGAGCCGCUCCCGCUUUGUUAGCCUCACAGCAAGUCGGGUGCUUCCCACACCGUUUGUUUUCCUUCUUCCUUUUUUUUCUGCUUUCUGAAAAGAGAAGGAUUGGAGAACUUAAUGCUUCUGGCCUAGAUGGUCUGUGUGAUAUUCUCUCACUGUAAACUGUUUGACGAUGUGCCUUUGUUUCCAAAUUCAGUGUAGGUAAACAGCGGUAACUUCACAAGGCUCAGCCAAGCUCAGGCUGGAGGGAAUCGUCCCGGUGUUAUUGGCUCUUCACACGCAGAGUGCCAUGCUGUAACAUAUUAAUCAGCAUUCCUCGUUUCAUGACACUUUGGAUUAGUCUCAAGUGUACACAAUAGGGUUAAGGAGAUACAGUAUAUUUUAAAUGAGCAUUGCAAAUUGGAUCACCUUGCUGAUUUUGAAAUUAGAAAUUAAAUUGUAAAAUGAGUGAAUGUCUUUGACAUAAUGGGGCGUCUAACUGAAGGAGAUCUUAAAAGAAUACAUCAGCAUUUUUUUAUCCUCAUUACUAUCUACUAGGUCAGCCGCGUACACGUGUGGAUUCCCACACCUAGGAUUUUGACUUUUCCUUGUGUGACGAAAAGGUGUCAAAUCAAAAUUCACUUCGAAUAAAAGUCUAAGGGCAGUAGUUAACAAGGAAAAAAAUAAACAAAAAUCUGUCACUAUUUGAAUCAACAAUUAAACAUUAGAUUCUAACAAUAAAGGUCUUGCCAAUGCUGUUCCAGACCUAGAGCAAUUUACUUUGCAUUUUUUCCUCUGAAAAUUUAGCCCCAUCUUUGAAAGGAUGUAGUUUAUUUUAGGUUUUAAGCCUACAUUUUUUAAUUCAAUUGACAGUCAUUAAAUAAAGCACUUUGCAAAAUUAAAAUCCAUACACAAAAUUAGACACCAUUUCUAAUUUACUAGCAAUGACAUUCGAAUAAAUAAUGUUCCCCUACAUACACUUUGCUUUUCUGUGGUGCUUUAUGGAUAAAAUUGCCUUGUAGGUUGUACUAUGCAUCUUGGAGAACCUGUUGUUCCCGCAGAUGCUUUUGAAUGUGCAGAACCCAGAACAGUCAUGUGAUUUUUGUCUAAAGGACGAUCAUAGACAUUUUUGUAGUGGAAAAAAUUGCUAACUAAAAUAUUAAAACUUCUACUUGCACCUGCACAAAAUGCAGUGCGUUUCGGACUUUUAAGUAUUGAAAUUAUUAUUUAUGAAUUAAUUAUUCAUUUACUGACGGCCCCGAACAACUGCCCUUAGGCUUCUAUUAUCAUUCUAAUAAAUGGGUGUUUUGUUCUUUUCUCAGCACAUGGAGUACUUGGGUCUGUGGUAAUCACACAUACACUCCCAAUGCAGUGGACACCAAGCUAGAAACAAACUCUGAGGUAUUCCUUUAAGUAAAAGAUGUAAGCAAGAUGUAUUUAUCGAAUAUCCGCACACAUCGGUUUAAAAAUCAAAUUCAAGACCCGAGGUUUCUGCCGUUUCUCACUCCGACCGCAUGUGAAGAUUUUUUUUUUCCAUUAUUUUUACUCAGUUCAGAUUUGCUGCUCUUCUUAAAGCUGGAGGCUCAGAGUUCUGAGGUUCUGUAAAGUUAUUCGAUCCGUGAAUGAGUUUAAUCUGUUUUCUGCCAUAUAUUUUUAAACAAUUGUUUCUUUCCUUCCGUUUGCAGCGGCUCUCCUCUGAUGACAGAGUUCUAAUAUUUUAUCAUAUUAUAUUAUUGUAUUAUAAUAUUUGACUCAGUUCAGUUAAAAGUUCACCCAGAACUCGACUUGUACAUAGGACGACUUUAAAAGUAAAUUAUUUAUUGAACCAUUUUA